UCCUCCUGGACUAACCGUUAGCACCAUUCACUUAUCACUGGCGAGCUAUUUUUCCAUCCCAUCGCCAAUUGACCCCUGCAGAAUUCUCUCUUCCUUCUUCUCUCGUUCGCAUCUCACUUUUUCUCCCACUUUUUGAGUCCGAUCGUCCGCACGAGACCAUCAGUCACCGCUAUAUCUCCUCCCUGCUAUCAUCGUCUUAUCUCUCCCACUAUCACCUAUCUCACCUCAUUUCACCUAAUUUCACCUCACCAAAAUGUCCAGCCAACCUCUCCUCCAAACCGCCCCAGGCAAGCGCAUCGCCCUCCCCACGCGCGUUGAGCCCAAAGUCUUCUUCGCCAAUGAGCGUACCUUUCUCUCCUGGCUCAACUUCACCGUCAUCCUGGGCGGUCUGGCCGUCGGUCUCCUCAACUUCGGUGACCGCAUCGGCCGCAUCUCCGCCGGUCUCUUCACCAUCAUCGCCAUGGCGGCCAUGAUCUACGCCCUGGUCACCUUCCACUGGCGCGCCCAGAGUAUUCGGAAACGCGGACAGAGCGGCAUCGACGAUCGCUUCGGGCCGACGAUUCUGGCUCUGGCGUUGUUGGCCGCUGUCGUGGUCAACUUCAUCUUGAGAAUGGUCGGAGAGGAGUAAACUCUCGUCUUCUUCCUUUUGAAUUGGGUGUUUGGAUUUGAGAGGGAGAAGGGUGUGUGAAUUAGUGCUGGUCACUGAUUUGAGUGUGGAUUUGAAUCUGUAGAUGCGUGUGGAAUAGAAUGGACUUGGUGGUCAGCUAGGAGAGGGAUGGUGAGUCAGUGGAAGAGUAUUUUGUAUUUUUUUCUCUCAUGGUUUGUUUGUGUGGAGCAUUCCUCGAUGUCCGAUCAUGUCUCUUUUCGUUUCUGUUCAUGUCUAGACUGCGACUUGGCAAAAGUAAAGUUAUCAAUAGUACCCAUUUGAAAUUUCAAGUCAAGAAUUCAUUCCAAAUAU